CACUCGGUCAGUUCAACUUGCAGAAGAGUCCACUACAUGCCCUUCACGGUGUCACUGCUGCCUUUCGUCAGUAACUUUAUAUGAGCUAAUAUCCUCAGUGAAUGAACUGAUAAAAUUACGACUUUGGAAAUGUGAGUAUGGCGUUUGUAAGAGCAGCUUCACAGUAGGUAACCUUAGCCUAGCCGAGCUGAGCUGUGGGACUGGACCAGUUCAGAGUAACGUUAGGUUCCGAUAUUAAGUUUAGCUAAGUUGAGUUUUUAUAAAUAAAGGUUUGCUUUCGCAACGCAACAUGGAGUCAUUUGGAGCCACUGGCACCGUUCUUGGAUGCUCUGCGGGCAUUGCGGUGGGUAGUCUUGUGUUUGCAGCCUACAAACUUGGCUUACUCUACCAGUUGUUUCACAAGACUGAGACGAAGAGCCCACGGCAUGGUGGCGAGAGCGUGGCAGAGGUGCUCCGCGCCCACGGGGUCAAGUACCUUUUCACCCUUGUCGGCGGACACAUUUCACCUAUCCUGGUGGCUUGCGAGAAGGUGGGCAUCCGCAUUGUGGACACCAGACACGAGGCCACCGCUGUCUUCGCUGCUGACGCUGUGGCAAGACUCUCAGGCACUGUUGGAGUAGCAGCAGUGACUGCCGGCCCAGGCCUCACUAACACAGUGACAGCAGUGAAGAAUGCUCAGAUGGCUGAAUCUCCAUUGUUGCUCAUCGGAGGAGCUGCUGGUACACUUCUUCAGGGCAGAGGAGCGCUGCAAGAUAUUGACCAGAUGUCUCUCUUCAAGCCACUGUGCAAGUUCUGUGCCUCCAUAAGGACCAUCAGGGAGAUUGUGCCUACUGUCAGGAAAGCCCUGGCCAUCGCCCAGUCUGGAACUCCUGGUCCUGUUUUUAUCGAGUUCCCCAUCGACACGCUCUAUCCCUACCAUCUUGUGUCCAAAGAGUUUGGAGUUAAGAACACUCCCAAAGGCCUGAUAGGAAAAAUUGUCUCAUGGUACCUCAAUAACCACCUCAUGAACCUGUUUGCUGGAGCCUGGGAGACCAGAGAUGUGUCUCCGCUUCCUGUGUACAUCCCGCAAGCCACCGACGAUCAGGUACAAAAGUGCAUAGAGCUGGUGAGUCGAGCCAAGAAACCUGUUAUUCUGUUGGGCAGCCAAGCAACACUACCCCCAACGCCGGUCGAUGACAUCAGGAAGGCAUUGGAGGACCUGGGCAUUCCCUGCUUCCUUGGGGGAAUGUCCCGUGGCAUGCUGGGAAAAGACAGCCCCAUACACAUCAGACAGAACAGGCGAGAUGCUCUGAAAGAGGCUGAUUUGGUGCUCUUAGCAGGCACUGUUUGUGACUUCCGGCUGAGCUAUGGCAGAGUUCUUAACAGACGCAGUAAGAUCAUCGCUGUCAACAGAGAUAAGACGCAGCUGCUGAAAAACUCCGAUAUGUUCUGGAAACCAACUAUAGCAAUUCAGGGUGACGCUGGUUCAGUCUUAGUGCGGCUUUCCAAAGGCCUGAAGGGUUUUCGCUGUCCAGAGGAAUGGCCUCAGAGCCUCAAAGCAGGAGAUUUGACCAAAGAAGACAUAAACAGGGCUAAAGCUGAUGAGAAGACUGAACGCCACUUAAAUCCCUUGAAAGUCCUCCACUGUGUGGAUGAGCUGAUGGCAGAGGACAGCAUCAUUGUUGCAGAUGGGGGUGAUUUUGUUGGAAGUGCUGCAUACAUAAUGAGACCAAGAGGACCUUUGCGUUGGCUAGAUCCAGGAGCUUUUGGGACCCUGGGAGUUGGAGGAGGAUUUGCACUGGGGGCAAAACUGUGCCGGCCUGAAUCUGAGGUGUGGAUAGUGUAUGGUGACGGCUCCUUAGGAUACAGUGUUGCAGAGUUUGACACAUUCACUAGACACAAGACCCCAGUUAUAGCUGUGGUGGGAAAUGAUGCAUGUUGGAGUCAGAUAUCCAGAGAGCAGGUUCCUAUACUCGGCAGCAACGUGGCGUGUGGCCUUGCGUUUACAGAUUAUCAUUUAGUGGCCGAUGGUUACGGUGGUAAGGGCUACCUUGUAGGGCGUGAGGACGAGGACAGGCUAAAAGACAUCAUCAGACAAGUUCAGAGGGAGACCAAGGAGGGCAAAGCUACACUUCUAAAUGUUCUGAUAGGGAAGACCAACUUUAGAGAGGGCUCUAUCUCUGUAUAGGACAAAUGUGAUUUCUUAAAACGGUCUUCUUCCUUUACCUUAGGCUCUUUUAUAGACUUUACUAUGAGGCUCAUGAGGGGUUUCAGAGAAUAGGAAUACUGUUGGAUACUGAGUAGAGCCCAGCCCUGACCAAACCUAUGCUAAUCCUUUGUGCCCUUAAAGCCAUAUUUCACUUUGGUAAGAGGAAAUGACUUUACAGUUUGCUGAUCUCCUUUAAGAGUUAAUGAACCGUCAGUUGCGAAAUCAAUCUAUUUCCCAAAAAAAUCCUACUAGUAACACAUCUGCAAACACCAGUCAUAACUCUGUUAUAUCAAUAUUAAGUGUGACUGUUCAUGCAGUCACUAUUAUUAUUAUUCAUAGGUACUUAAUGUAUGACCAUAUAUUUAUUUGAGUUAUUUACUAUUAAGUUCUACUAGUAAAAAUACUACAGCUCCAGAUCUGCCAGCCUAGAAGCUAGACUUUGUUGUGCAUCUUGCUACUUUUCAGGUUCAUGUUGUGCUAUUCACAAUAAUUUCUGCAUUUUAAGAAGGGAAAGAGUAGAGUAAAAGUAAAAAAAUAUAGCUUUGUUUGGGGAUUUUCACCUUUCUAGGAGCUUGGGGUUAGAUUUUUGACCUUCAGACGGCCUGUUUUAACUUCAGAUAUUUCUUGCAAAUAAACCAGUGACAGAAAAUCUUUUGUGAGAGAAAGCAUUGGUUUAAAUUAUCAAAUGUGACCAGUAUGCCUUUUCUCCUGUUAUCAAAUGACCACAAAGCCUUUUUAUGAGGAUACAUAGCUGUAAAAUUCUUUAUCGCUUGGUGAUUUGGGAUAAAAAUGUGUUAAAUGGAAAAUAGUUUCUGAAUGUCUAAGAUUGACAAAUGGUAUGCCUUUUCAUGUUUGAUUGUAUCUUCGAAUACAUUGAUAUGUAUAGAUUGAAAAUGUGUCUGCUGAUUCAGUUAUGUAUUUAAAUGAUAUUCAAUACUAACUUGUAUGCAUUGAUGUGGGCUAUCAUAUAAAAUAUGCCUAUACACAAUAUGUAUUGCACUAUAAUUAUAGCUUAUUUACUCACCAGGUGGAUCAACUCACUCCAAAAUAUAUUGUUUUAUUUGGUACUUUGAGGAAGUUGUAUUAAACUUGAUCAUGAAAUGUUAAUUUGGAUAAAUUCUCAAGUAAAUUGGGGUUAAAAGUGA